UCCCCAGAAGAAGAUGCUUUUUUCGCUACUGGUGCCUUCAAGCCUAACCCGAGGCACCCUUAUGUGGAUUUGUCAGGGAGGCGGUUUCGCGUAGGGAGCAUAGGAGGAUCAAAAGUCUUUUAUGCAAGAUGUGGAGUGGGAAUGGUGAAUGCUGCAGCAGCAACACAACAGAUGUUGGAUGUCUUUCGCAUGAUUGGAAUUGUCCACUUUGGCAUUGCAGGCAAUGCUAACAGUUCCAUGUCCAUAGGAGAUGUCAUCAUCCCUAAGCAGUUUGCUCAAACAGGGUUAUGGGACUGGCUGAAAUUCAAGGCAACAAUACCAGCAAAUGAUGUUACGGAAUUGGACUUUGGAAGCUAUGAUGUUCCCAAUGGAGGAGACAAUGAGUUGGGCAGCAUUGGGUAUUCGACAGAGUUCUUCUACUCUAAGUCAGGAAAGCCUAAUUCUCCUGAAAGAACACUUUGGUUUCAGACAAGUCAGAAUUGGCUAGAAGUAUCUUCUAGUCUGGAGGGGAUGGCGCUGGAACAGUGCGUGAACGCGAGCUUGUGCCUUCCUGAAAAGCCCAAGGUAGUUGUUGGACUGAAUGGCGCAACUGCCAACAUUUUUGUGGACAAUGCAGCUUACAGGGAGUUCCUCUACACAACCUUUCAUGUUUCAUCACUUGAUAUGGAGAGUGCAGCCAUAGUCAUGACAUGUUUAUCCAAUGGCUUCAAGGUAAUUGUCAUACGAGCACUAUCAGAUUUAGCUGGAGCACAAGAUGGAGACAAUACCAUUCGUCUGUUUGGCCCUCUUGCAGCAUCAAAUGUAGCCAAGGCUGUUGUCCAAUUUGGGAAGACAUUGCGAGGAUUUCACUUUCAACAGUCUAUUUAGCCGUAACAGAGAUUCAAGU